AUGCGAUCUUAUCAGACAAGGGGAUGUACCGUAAGUUUUUAUUAUUCGUCAAGAGUAAAUUUAUACAGUAAUUUACACUCUUUAAUGAAAGUAGCAUUAAAUAAUAUAAAAAAAAAAAUAGUAAAUCAUAAUCCACAUGUUGCUACAUUUGCAUUAUUGGUUUUGGAAUCAGUUGUAAAAAAUUGUGGCCAUCUUGUUCAUGAUGAAAUUGCUACAAAAGCUUUUAUGGAGCAGCUGCAAGAGUUAGUAAAAACUACAACCCAUGAUCAAGUAAAAGCCAAGGUGGUAGAAUUGAUUCAGGCAUGGGCAUUUGCCUUUCGAUCAAAUUUAAAAUAUCGAGCAGUACAGGAAAUGGUAAACAUAAUGAAAACUGAGGGAUAUAAAUUUCCCCCUUUAAAAGAAAGUGAUGCAAUGUUUGUGGCACAUACUGCUCCUGAAUGGGUAGAUGCAUCAGAAUGUAAUCGUUGUCGUGUCGCUUUUGGUGUUAUGAAUAGGAAGCAUCACUGUAGAGCUUGUGGAAAUGUUUUUUGUUCAGAUUGCUCUUCAAACACUACUACUUUACCAAAAUUUGGAAUUGAAAAGGAAGUGAGAGUAUGCAAAGCAUGUUAUGAAAAGUAUAGCAAACCUAGUUCUGCACCACAAGUAAAAUUAGAUAAUGAACCAUUUCAUUCAGAUUUUCAACCUAAUUCAUCAGCUCUCAAAACGCAACCUUCAAAACCGAAAAAAACCGAUGAUGAAUUGAAAGAAGAGGAAGAAUUUCAAUUAGCACUUGCAUUGUCUCAAUCAGAAGCCGAAGCCAAGGAAAAAGAAAAAGAAAAGAAGGCAAUGAUCACAAAUGAAAUAUUUAACAAUACAACUUCAAAAAAAUCACCUACAAUCAUUUUUGCUCUCAUUAAGUUCAAAGAAGAAGAAGAAGAUGAAGAUCCAGAACUUGCAAGGUAUUUAAAUCGUUCUUAUUGGGAGAAACGUCAAGCAGAGGAAAAGGCUGUUAAAAAGGAAUCUAGUCCCAUUCAUAUUCGAUCAAGUCCUGGUGGUCCUCCUAGUGCACCUACUACUCCUACCCAUCAAUUGGAAAAUGGUGAAAUAAUUGAAUCUGAAUUGGAUGAUUUUGUGUCUUACCUGAAAUCCCAGGUUGAAAUAUUUGUCAACAGAAUGAAAUCCAAUUCUAGCCGUGGCAGAAGUAUCUCUAAUGAUUCCUCUGUUCAGACAUUAUUUAUGAAUGUUACAAUGAACCAUUCCACUUUAUUAAGAUACAUUCGGCAACAAGACGAUUCUAGAGUUUAUUAUGAGGGCCUUCAAGAUAAGUUGGCUCAAGUUAAGGAUGCUAUGAUGGCUUUAGAUGCGUUGAGGGAUGAGCACAGGGAAAAAUUAAGGAGGGAAGCUGAAGAAGCCGAACGUCAAAAACAAAUGCAAAUGGCUCAAAAAUUAGAAAUUAUGAGGAGGAGAAAACAAGAAUAUUUACAGUAUCAAAGGCAAUUAGCUAUUCAGAAAAUGCAAGAACAAGAAAGAGAAUUACAAAUGAGGCAAGAACAGCAAAAACAGCAUUAUUUAAUGGGUUCUUUGGGAAUGCCUCAGGGAUAUCCAGGAUGGGAUUCCAAAGGUCCUGCCAUGCCAUCACCUACUCACCAAUUCGGGCAACAGUAUCAAUCUUUACCCGCUGGUAAUCCCGCGGCUGGUUAUCAAAUUCCUCCUUCUUCAUCAAAUGUUCCGCAGCCGCAAGCCACUCAUCAACCUCACGUACCGGGAAUGAUGCCACAAGGUAUCAUACCUCCUACAAGUAUGCCGCCUUCAGGUCCACAUUCAUUAAUAGCUCCUCGGGGGCCGGUUUCAUCUCCCAUGGGUCCAAGUAGAAUACCAAGCAUUCAACCCAAUCAGCCGAGGCCCAUGGUCAAUGUGCCGCUACCUCAAAUGCAUCCACUUCAAAUGCAACCCAAUUUCAACGGAAUUCCCUUACCUGUUCAAAAUCCAACUUCGGGUCCUAAUUCUUUAAUUUCUCAAACGCAAUCAUUAAUAAUGCCUCCGAACGGGCCUAUUAACGUCGGUAUGGGUUCCAACGUGAUGCCAAAUCCUGCGAUGCCCGGAAGUGCUCCUUUAAAAAUGAAUUUAUCUCCAAACGCGACCCAGAGUUUGCCGAUAACAACGGGACCCGGGGCAAACAUGAGUAUGCCUUCCGCCGGAGUAACGAUUCCAAAUUUAGCUCUCCAAGGGAGUCAACACAGGGUUUUGCCAGGACACCCAAUAAAUGCAAUUCCUUCUCAGAACAUGGGAUUACAACAAGGUCAAAUGCCAGAAAUUCAAAAUAAUCAGCCUGCAGUUUUACCACAAGUCGGAUCGCAAAGUUCACAUCAACAAUUUCAACAACUUCCUCCCGGAGGUGAACAAAGUCAUUCGGGGAGCACCGGAGAAUUGAUUAGCUUCGAUUAA